AUGCGUGUAGGUAAAACAACACCACAGGUUUACAGCAUAUCCAGGGAGGAUCUAUACAAAAAGUUCCUCAGCAAAAACUGGAUUCAUGAAACAGAUGAAAUAAACAUAGAAGGAAUUGAUACAAAUACUCCUGAGAAACCUGCAUCUGAUUCCAAAGCCUUGAAAAAAAAUUAUAUCCAAAUUAUUAUAACACAAUCUGCUCUACAAAAACUCGAAUGCAAAGUAGUUGCAGAUUCAGCUCCCAAAGAACAUUUACAAGAGUUAAGGGAAAAGCAACUGAAUCCCAUUAAAGACACUAAAGAUAACUUACCUGCUAAGAAGUCCGUACCUAAAGAAGAUGAUGACUACGACAUUUUAGAUGACAUGCUAUCUGACUCAGAUUAUACAACCAUAGAUCCAGUUCCUGAACAACACUCAAUUCCUAAACAACAAUCUGAGUCUCCUGCAGAAUAAUCCACAAAAUCCAAAUCCCUCUCUGAUCCUAAAUCUUCUACAGAGUCUGUAGUAGAUAGAACCAGCUUCUGAAAAGCAACCUGAGCCUAUCCCAGAACUAGCUUCUGAAGAGCAACCUUAUCACGAAGUUUAACCAAAUGGGAGUCUUGUAUUCAUUAAAUGACAAUAUUUGAUAAGUAUUAAAAAUU